CAUAAAUUUUGAUUUUAACUCUUGAACUGUUAAACUGAUCAUCGUAUAUCCACAAACCGUCUAUUCUUCGCUUGUGUGUUCACAUAGUUUCCAAUAGUUUGUGCUCUGUGAUCUAUCUUUUCGGAUAUCAUAUUGGAUUAACAAUUGCUAAAAUGGUCAAAUUUAUUUCCAUUCCAAGUAAAAACUCACUGAUUGAUACUGAAAGUAUUCCUAAAUCAACACUACAAGUAUUGUUUCUCUGCUCAAUCAUAGGCAAUGCUGUUUACGCCCGUAAAGAUGAUAAACUUCAUGAGUCAAAGCAAAACUACCCUACACCUUAUCGUUUCAAUGAUGAAGUGGAAACUGGUUUUGAUGAAAAUCGUAACUAUCGAAAUGAUCAACAAGAUUCUAAUUGGAAUCGCAUGAAAGGUGUUUAUGGAUAUCGCAAUUCCGAUGCUUUUCGUAUGAUGGACUAUCUCGGUCGUAAUUAUGCUUUCUCCUCUAAUAGCAAACCUGCUGAGCCUUCUGUAUCUUCAUCUAAUCCAGCUGAUGUAAUUUUAAAGGGUGAAGACAAUUUGCAAGAAAGUAAAGCCAAACUUCAGCUCAAAAAUUUGCUCCAAAAUCAUCGACAGGAAAAUGAAAUGGUUGAACAAAAACCAGAAAGGUUAACACAAAUCGAAGAAGAUGAAGAAGAAGAUGAAGAUGUAACAGAGAUUCCAGUCACAAGUACUACAACCAGUUCACCACCAGAGACCACAUCAGCCUCAUCAACAACCACCACUUCGACCACAACUACAACAGCUUCUCCAACAACAAUUUCAUCUUUACCUAAACUUCCUUCUCUUCAAAACAUUCAUCGUGAAGUUGAAGGAAUACCAAGUGUACCUUCUGUUUCACCAUCAACUCCAGCAGCACCAACAAAUCCUUCCUCAUCCUCCUUCUCUUCAUCUAUUCCAUCAGAUUUAUUAGCUUCUGAAGUCAAUAAACAACAACAACAGCACAAGAAAGACUUGCACCACAAACUAUCUGUUCAUCAAUUGAUUUCGGAAUCAAUGCCAACACUCCAAAUGUCUGUUUCGCCAAUUUAUUUUUACAACAAGCAAACAAAGUCACUUGUUGCUGUUCCUUACCUAAUAAUGAAAUCAAUAAGCAAAAUGCCACUUUUACCAAAUAUGAUGGAUGCCGUUGGAAGUCAACUUGGCGGGUCAAACAAUCUCCUCAAUUAUGUUAACACACCAUUCAAUCAGAAAAUGAGAUCGCGACCAAUUAGUCAUUUAGCUCCUCUGAUUAGAGGAUUUGAAUCUGAAGAUACCUCUAAUUAUAAUGAAAAAGUACCUGGUUAUUUACCUGCUGAUGAAGCUGAAUCUUCACGCUGGUUAUCCUUUCAAGGCUUAAAUGCCCAACAUGCGCUCAAUUUAUAAUCAUACGUUUUUCGAGCUGCGUCUAUCUAGCGGAAUUCAUUUUGAUCAAAAUAUUUUUACUGUUUUUAAUCAUUGCAGGUUGCUUUGUAUAGAUAUAACUUUUUACAUUCAAUACGAUUCCUCUUCAUUAAUCAAUACCAUUUGUCACAUAAGAAUCACUGUAUAUUAUUGAAAGUUUUCAUUUUUUUGUUUGUUACAAAUUUUGUGUAAAGAUUCUUGAUUAAAAUAAAGACAACUGUCAUUUAAGUUGAUUAAUUUGAUCGUUUCUAAAUGAUAAUUUACAUUUUUAUCGAGAAAAUAUGAAUUUUUAAAAAUAAGAAUUUUCAGACUGUCUGAAAAUCAUGUGUCAUUUACAAUUAACUGCAUUAUAUAUUUUGGAAGAGUUUUGAUAUGCAAUCCGAUUCUGACUCUGAAGAAGAGCAAAGAAUAAAGUUAGAAUUAAAAAAUCGUCAAUUAACAGCAUUUUUAGUUUUUCUCAUUGAACUCACAAGUUUGUAAUGAAAGUUGGCUGAAAUUAUUUUGACUAAAAAUCAAUGGUACAGCUUAAAUUAAAUUUUGAGCAGUUUGAAUCGUGAAUCAAUACUGAUUAAGCUGGACAAAUUUUUUAAGAAUUUUGAUGUUGAGUGGAACCAUCUUAAUUUUUGGUAAGGUGACUAUAGAUUUAUUUACAAAUACAAAAAGAUUGGAUGGGAAAGAAAAGAAGCCCUUUAUCCAAAAAGCCAUACCCAUGAAAUAAAAUGAUAAUAAGAGAAUAAGUUAGGUGGAAAGAAUUAACAGAGGAAUUAACAUUUAGCAGAAGGAAA